AUGCGGGUCAUAACUGUCCCGGUGUUCCAGGAUUUGAAUGUGAUUGUCUUUUGGGGUUUUGGCUUCUUGAGCACUUUUUUAGUGCGCUAUGGUUUCAGUGGCUCAGGGUUCAACCUUCUUGUAGCUGUCAUAGCCAUCCAGUGGGGACUCAUACUCAAUGGCAUUGAGUCCUGGUAUUACAGACGGACGAUUAGGAUUGACCUGAGAAGCUUGGUGGUUGCUGAGAUGUGCACGGCCUCUGUUCUUAUCUCAAUCGGGGCUGUGCAAGGCAAAAUAAAUCCUAUCCACCUCAUUCUCAUGGCCCUGCUGGAGGUAUUUGGCUUUGUCCUGAAUGAGUGGCUCCUGCUGACUCUGCUCAUGAUCCAGCCUUUGGACUGCAUCAUGGUACUUCACAUCUUUGGAGCUUUCUUUGGUCUCAUGGUGACGUGGAUUCUCUAUCGGAAAGAAUCAGAGGGAUUCGAGAAGGAGAAACUUGAUUGCAAAACAGGAUUGUUCUCCAUGUUAGGUGCUGUGUUUCUUUGGAUGUUUUGGCCAAGUUUUAAUUCUAUCCUCACGGACCAUCAAUUUCCUGAGAGGAGGUCGGGGGCAGUGUGCAGCACCUACCUGGCCCUGUCUGUCAGUGCUGUAGUAUCUGUUGUUGUGUGCGCGCUUUCCAGCCCAAAGGGAAAAGUCAAUCCAGCCAAUUUUCAGUCAUGCAUACUUGCUGGUGGUGUUGCUGUCGGGGCUUCCAUGUCAGGGAUACGUUACCCAUGGGAGGCCAUGACAAUUGGACUGACUGCGGCUGCUGUGUCAACCGUUGGAUUCCAAUACCUCAAGGUCCACAUGCUGUUUGCCUUUGAAUGCCAUGACACCUGUAGUGUUCUGAGCACACAUGGACUCCCUGGUCUACUGGGGUGGCUGACACACCUCCUCCUGCAGAUUGAACAGUGUGAUGAUCACACAACGGCAAUCCGGUUUGCCGUAUUUCACAUUUGUGUUCUCUUCAUCACGAUAACUGUAAGCCUGACCAUGGGUAUCAUAACAGGGGUACUACUUAAGUGGGAUACCUGGAGACCUCCCCAAGAUAAAAAAUGUUUUGAUGAUCAAGCUUUCGGGAAGUUUGAACAUCUUGCAGUUCGCAAGUAA